CAGAUCGGGGCGCCCCUUCCCAAGCGUUCGCAGUGCUCCGUGCAAUCUCGUUGAAACACAACACUACUUCUCGGCUAGCUACAAAUUGAAAGUAAUCGAACACAAGAUGAGCAGCUACACGAACCUCCUGCGCCAGCAGAACGUGGUCGACGACUGCCAGCGGGUGAGCUGCAACCGGGGGCCGGCGACCAACCUCGCCGGGCGCUGUGUGCUCAGCCAGGACAUCGUGCUCGGCUGCCGGAUGGAGCUGGGCGAGCCGGACCUGCCCUUCAUGCUCGACCCCACGUGGAGCGUCUACCUGCGCGCCGGCCACGGCGGCGGCGACCUCUCCAGCCUGGUGCGGUGCGUCACCUUCAGGAUGUCGCCGCGCCUGCCGCUGCGGCUCCACGUGGCGGACAGCGCCCCCUUCGAGAUCAGCGAGGUGCUGGGCAGCGACUUCCCCGUGGAGGUGCAGGUGCAGUACGCGGACGCCCGCAUGUCCCCCACCUCGUACGUCUUCCGGCCGCGGGUGGUGCGCGAGGGCCACAGCGGGAUCAGCGAGGAGCUCCACGACAAGAUGAUCUUCAUCAACCCGCCGCCCGCGAUGCGGCAGAGCCUCAGUCUCCCGCCCGUCCGCCCGGAGAGCCCGGAGAGGCUGGAGAGGCCGGAGAGCCGGGUCGAGCCGAAGGAGCGCGGCGAGGAGCAGGUGGGCGACGUGGCACGCCCCUCCCCGCCCCCGGCGACGCUGCCCAAGAAGCGGCUGAGUGUGGCUGGCCCGCGGGGCAGCAACCCCCCGUAGGAGGCCCCGCUGACAGGUAGAUAGGUGCCUCCUGUUUUAGGACACUCUCGUCACGUCUAAGGAUGUUCCAAGUCAAACCAAAAACCAGAGUAGUACCAUAUGGAGUAUCCCCCGUGUGUUCUCAACUACAGGGUGCACUCGCAGCAGCAGCUCCUCCCAUCGGUGAGUGGUGAGUCCGCCCCUUUCGUGUGUAUGCCUCGUCCGGGGUGGUUCGCUUCGUCCUUAGCCCCGCCCCUUUCCACACGGGGGUUGCUUUCCAGCCAGAAUCACAGUCAGUCAGAGUCACAGAAUCCCGGUUGCACAGCCCGACUGCUCACUUUGCUGCGGUGCUUUGUUGGCGACAGAACGAC